GCUAACUAACACUGUGCCAUGUGCCGCACAAAUUAGUUAAUUUUUGUUACAUAUUUUGGCAUUUUCGCGAUGGUUUUGCCGCCAGACCGUUUAGAGCACUAUAAAACCAGCUUGGAGCAACAGCUAAAGCGUUUGGCAUCCAGUUUUCGUAGUUAUCAGGCGGCUAAAUCAGCUAAUAUACCGGAAUUAUUGAAUCAAGCGAAUCGCUUGUGGGAAUUGAGUCAACGAUAUCGACUGGUGAAAGGUACCAAUCAAGCUGCCGCUUUUGGCCUGCUUUCUGUUUGCCAGGAUGUUUACCAAAGCCUUCGGGACGGCAUAUUAACAUUCGAUUUUGAGCUAGUGCAAAUAUCUGUCCAAGUUAACCAGCUCGAGACAGAGUGCCUUACCUUGAAUCAAGAGCAAAAUCAAACCAAAACGCCUGCAGUCUUAACAGAAGUACGGAAUUUCCUAGGGGCAUCCCUGGAAUUACUGCGAAACCACGUCAAAUAUAUGGAGCUUAAUCUUUGCCAACUGCAACCCAAGUUUAUGGCUUGUGAAACAUCUCUGGAGGCCUUCAAAUCUGCUCUGAUAAUGCCGGAAUAUGCAGAAGCCCGAAUUUCCCUGGGCUUGGCUAAAAUCGAGAGACUUAACAAUAUUCCACUGAUUUUGUAGUGGAAUCACUAGAAAAACCUAGUUAAUUACUGAAACAAUGUAUCCCUAUUUAUGGCAUGGAAACCAUAUAUGUUAUUUAACCAUGACCAACUAGAAAUAAGCGUGUUUAGUUCGAUUUCAUAAGAAACUCAGCAAAUUUGUUUAAGUUUCAAAGAAAAUCUAGUAGUUUAACAGCAUUUAAAAAGCAAGAAGUUGAUGUUUAAAAAAAUAAACAAAUCUUCAUCUUCAACUA